CAAUGCCAUGGGACUGGCUGAGGCAGUCUCUCAGUGUUGCCCUGUACAGUCUGAGGCAAGUCCGACUUUCCAUCUUUCAUUCCAUUCAUGUCAGGGGCCUUCACAGCCUCCUGGCUGUUGGAUUACAUUGUCCCCAAACUUUUAGCAAGUUUGGUGAAGGCCCUUGUUUUUACUUCUUAGAUCUCCAGUUAGCGCAGUGGUUUGUAGGUUUGUCUGCACACUUCGUCACAAAGAGAUUUGAAGAUUUGAGAUUUGAAAAGAUCUGGAAGCCUGACAGCAUAACAGGUCUGUUUAAAAGCAGGGCAUCUGAGAGAGUAUGAGGAACAUCUUACACUGGUUACUGAUGUGCAUAUGUCUGCAAAUAAAACCUCCACUUGUGGUGAUAAAAUAUGUGGAAACUGAUAGGGAGUGGUUUACAAGUGCAGCACUGCAUCUCAGAACUGUCACACAUCAUUCGCCUAAUUUCAGUGGGCUGAUAGUUUUUCUCUUGAGUCUAGUUGGAGAGGAAUGGCUUCCAGCUUAAUAAGGGAACAUGCUUCCUUAUCUUUUACAAAUACUCUUAUUUGAAGUCCUGUGGUCAUUACUGUUCACACUGUUGUACAUGCAGGCUGCAUAAUUUGAGAUCCCUACAGGUCCGUCUUACACGCUCAACAGAUGAGAUUGUGGUCAGUUGACAUUCACUGCCAGAAGUUCACAAAUGCUAUCAAAGGUUGUCAGGAUGGAUUAUUAAGUUCGACUCUUCCCACUUAUUGUUUGUCUCUGUCGGCCUGUAGCAGGAACUUGCCUGCCCCUUUGCCUUGGCUAUUAACUGAUUUUGAAGGAAUAAAAAAAACCCUGAAACCUGAUGUGUAGCAGGUUGGCUUACUCUGUAAGUACUUACUUUAUGGUACAGUGUUUGUGUGUUGUGCAGAGUUUGUGAUGUCAACAGUUUAUUCCUGUACUACUGUUAAAGGUGUUCUCUUGGAUUUGGAAUUGAAAAUGCAAUAAAAUGCUAUGCAGUGCUUCAUGCAGAUAUGCCUUUCUCUUAUUCCAGGAACCCUUAUGUUAACUGUGGUCAUUUUCCCCCCAAUAGUAAAUGAUUCUGCAUUUAAGAUCUUGUCUGUUGUCAGUCACUGAGAUGGGUGAGAUGCCCUCAACACUCAGGUACAUGAGUGUUUCCCCAUCUGGUCCUCGGGGACCCACAGACAGUCUGUAUUUUUGCUCUCUGCCAGGUGGUCCAUGUUAUUACUCCGUGGACCAUCUUGCAGGGAGCUGGGGGGGGGGGGGGGGGCAAAAACGUGGGACCUGCUGGGGCAUCUUAUUUUGCUGUAAGUUUAAGUCUAUAAAGACUCAAAGCCCUAGGAUGUUUUUUUUUUUUUUUUUUUUUUUUUUUUUUAAAUAAACUACCGUUAUUGUAAUUGUGGGUGUUUGUUGAAUGAUCUGUUAGUAACGAUCUGCCGUAUGGUAAUUAAACUUCACCUGUUAUAUUUGCCAGUGUCCAUUCUCAGCUUUGCCGUUUAUAUUAGUCAGCUGCUUAAAUGGCAACACCAAAAUGCCUCCUUUGUCUUGGGCGAGUCCUUUGCUACGCAUGUCUGUUCCUCUACCUACCGAUCAUUGAUUUGGAUGCCUCUUGUGUUACACAUUUCCCUAUGUUUUUGGCCAUUGUUCACCAUAAUGGUAACCUAAAUGUUUACAGCCUUUAUUUCAUGCUGCAUGUUUUCUAAAAGUGCUGCGUGAGGCCUAAAGUUACUCGCCAGUGCUGUCGACCUCAUACCUGUGUCUGGUGUACGUUUCAGGAAUAAGCGGUGGCCCUACAACACAGGCGCAUGUUAAAAUUUAAAAGUGCAUCUGUAGGUCUUUCAGGCCAUGGUGGCAUGCGUAGCUUUGUAUGCCUCCUGCCAUUUUGGGGAAACUGAAAGCCAGUUGUAGGUUUCCUUGGUUAUGUACUCAACACUCCUAGGGAUGGUUUCCUUGCCUGCUGCACUGACAGUUGUAAAGAAUGAUUUGCAGUAUGGCUGACAAUCAUCCCUUGCAACUGGCUUCAGCCGCCCUUUAACUUCAGGUUUAGACUCCCACUCUUCUGUACUUUUAAUUGUACAGCUUUGAUGAAUCAUGUUGAUUAUCUUGUUGCAGUUGAACUUCCGGUGAAAGAACUAUUGCGGUUGCUGUCUGCGUACAUCAUAAGCAUUAGUGAUGGCCACUAGAUGGUAAUCUUGAUUUACUUUGGGGCAUGCUUUGAGCCUUUUUUUGAACAGAACACCAUCUAGUGGUGUCAGUAAAUAUAGCAAAUGGUUCAUGAAACUUCAUGUCAUCACUAUUAAACAUUAAUCGAAAGCAAUUUCCUGCCUGAGAAUGAGUCUUGUCCAAUCCUACCUUUAACAACGGUUUAUAUGUGAGUCUGUCAUGGUUCGAUAAAGCUAACAUUAGACCAGGGACGUUUCUACCUAUUGAAAAAAAAUCAGGCUAAUUCAAGUUUACCCGGGGCUGUUUUUAUUUAUUUUUUUGACGGAAAACCGGGGUGAAAUACGUGUGUCAAGGCUUAAAGUACUGGAGGCUAUAACCCGGAAUGAUCGGACCUGACGACGCCCAUGCAUUAGACAUUACCGGUUAGCGACAUUCCAUAGGUAUAAUAUGGACAGAUUGUUGACCUAAUAAUACAGAAACUAAUCCUUUUUAGUGUUGCACAAGAAACACACAGCGAAAGUAUUUACUGUCAUUUUAGUGAGGAAAAUGUGUGCAUUACGGUGUAAGUCACUUUUCAAAAGUUGUUGAAAUUUGUUACAUUUUUAAAUAGGUAAAUUUGUUGGUAAUUUUGUUUUUUAGGAAAAAAAAUUGCUAGGGUAGUCAAACUUGCUAAAUCUAUGAACAAAGUUGGUAAGUUGCUGACACUGAUUACUCCCCAAAAGUAGAACUGGGUGGGGGUAACUGUAGAAUAUUUUUAAGCUUUCAUAGAUCCCUCUUGCAACGGUCAUGCAUGCAACUGUUAGAGCAAAGGCUGAUGGGAGCAUUGCUAUGAUUUGUAUGUAGACGCCCAUCCGUCUGAGGUGGUUUACUGACAACUUUCACUUGCUGCAAAAUUUUUUCCCCUGCCUCGCGCUCACGCCAUUCAUAAACGGGUUGACUUAAAGCUCAUCGGAGUGGUCGUGUUUAUUUGUAGUCUGCGAAUCAAUACGAUCGCUGGUUACUAAAAAGCAUCCUUAAUUAUCAGUUAUGAUGGCCCGGGAUUUUACAAUCUGGAUAAUAGUCAUGGCACCACUGCUCACUGCAUCCCAGAACGUACAGUAUCUCAGCAAACACAAAGGCGGAUCUGUAGAUUUAUACUGCGAUUCAGAAGACAAAAGUCAGCCUGCCGCUGGCUUCUACCUGAAGCGCAAGUGCCCAGUGAAGACAGAGGUGCUGUUCAUCUUGGAAGGAGCAAAACCAGUACCUUCGACUUCCUUUAAGGGCCGAACUGAGAUCCAUGGGGAUAUGAGUACACAUCAAAUCAACGUGACGGUCUCAUCUCUGAGCCACAACGACAGCGGUCUGUAUGCCUGCGAGUUUAUCAUCGGUACGGAGUAUAAAGUGAUCAAGGGCCGGACAGACUACCUACUUUUUGUUGAAGCAGACAGUCCCUGCAGCUGUGCCGGCUACUCCUUCCUGCUGUACAUCAUCUCUGGUGCCACGGCCCUGUUCCUCCUCCUCGCCUUCGGCCUUGGUGCUGCUCUCUGUAAUAAGGCAUGCCGACAUAGUAAGGCACCAAAGCCACUUCCCAUUUAUGAAGAUAUGGCAGCCGGUAGGCCGCUGAAAGACAGGAGUGUGCACCAUCACCUAGACCUCCAACAUCUGGAGGAAGUGGAUGCCGUGAUAUAUGACAAACCGUAUGUGAAGCUCUCACAGGAAAACCACUAUGUGAGCCCAAGGACGGUGUCGCAUGUGGCAGAGGACAGCUGACUUUCUCCUUCUCCCCCAGCUUCUCUCAUUCUUAAAAGUCCACAUGGGUACCAAGACGACGAGAUCCUUGAAGCCACACUGGCUUUCAGUGGUUCAGAGACUGGGGAAGUCUUGCCCGUCAUGUGGCCUAGUGGUUAGGAGCCACACCGUUAGUCAGAUGUCCUCCACAGUUGAGACACCCUUAUUGAGAAAUGGACAUCCUCCAUUUCAGCAUGUGGAGAUGCGAGAACAACAUCCGGUUUAAUGUGGUCACCUUGCUGAUGAAAUAGACUCAUGAAUUCAUUUUCAUGCAAGAGAUGCAUCGCUUUUAGUUACUCUUUUGUCUUGCUGAACACCAGAAGCGAUCAUUUCUUCAAAUGCUUCAUAUUGAGUUUUAUUCUGGAAAUUGACAACGUUUCAUGCACAAGCUGUAACAUUUAUUGUGUAUAAUUUUGCUCUCGGACUGCUGUGGGUUCUAUAUUAAGAUGUUGCCGUUGCAGCUUUUCAUGGCUGUUGUUCAGACCCCCCCCCCCCCCCACCCAGCCAUGACUCCGGUUAGGCUGCUGGGUUCAGCAAUGAACCGUAAACAGACUCUGCUGUGGCUAUUUCGACUGAACAAAGUAACAGGAUUAAUCAAAUGUCAGAAGCAAGAUGGAGGCAGAGAGCAAUGGAAACAUUUAACAGCCAAGGGGGGGGAAAAAACAGUGAUUUAUUAAUAGUUCAAAAGAAGCUCCAUAGGGAAGAUUCUUUUUCUCUGAUGCAUGUUUUUAAUCACAUUCUAUGAGGAGUAAAGGGGGGGCAUCAACAUGUCUCAAUACAGACAGUUAUCUAAAUAUUAAGAGGCAAAAAGCACAACUCCAGUCCCACUUCCUUCCCAUAAAGACAAAAGAAAGAACCCUUUUAAAAAAACAUGUCAGGAGCUGUCCCAGUAACCCACAGUGCUGAGCAAAACGAGAGAGACUCGCGUGGUAAUGAGAGUACGCAGCAUGGUAAUGUAACGCAGGAGGAAGGAGAGGGGGUAGGAGUACGAUGUCAUCUUAGGGUGACAGAAAUGUCUUAGCAAUGCUCUUCCCUAAGAGGAACCGUGCAACCUCAGAGAGAGAAGCCACAGAAGCAGGUCCCAACACCCCCCCCCCUCCC